GGAGGCGAACGGUCACCGGUCGCGCCCGGCCUUGCUCAACGCCCGGCAGUCUCCGCCGUCGCCGCCGCCCUCUGCCGCUGCCGAGGCUUCCCGCCGCCGCCAUGUCCGCCAGUGCUGUCUACGUGCUGGACCUGAAGGGCAAGGUGCUCAUCUGCCGGAACUACCGCGGUGACGUGGACAUGUCAGAGGUGGAGCACUUCAUGCCCAUCCUGAUGGAGAAGGAGGAGGAGGGGAUGCUGUCACCCAUCCUGGCCCACGGGGGCGUCCGCUUCAUGUGGAUCAAACACAACAACCUGUAUUUGGUUGCCACUUCCAAGAAGAACGCAUGUGUGUCACUGGUGUUCUCCUUCCUCUAUAAGGUGGUGCAGGUGUUUUCUGAGUACUUCAAGGAGCUGGAGGAGGAGAGCAUACGCGACAACUUCGUCAUCAUCUACGAGCUGCUGGAUGAGCUCAUGGACUUCGGCUACCCCCAGACCACUGACAGCAAGAUCCUGCAGGAGUAUAUCACUCAGGAAGGCCACAAACUGGAAACAGGGGCCCCACGGCCCCCGGCCACUGUCACCAACGCAGUGUCCUGGCGGUCUGAGGGCAUCAAAUACCGGAAGAACGAGGUGUUCUUAGACGUCAUCGAGUCUGUCAACCUCUUGGUCAGCGCCAAUGGCAAUGUCCUGCGCAGCGAGAUCGUGGGCUCCAUCAAAAUGCGUGUCUUCCUCUCAGGCAUGCCCGAGCUGCGCCUGGGCCUCAACGACAAGGUCCUCUUUGACAACACAGGCCGCGGCAAAAGCAAGUCAGUGGAGCUGGAGGACGUGAAGUUCCACCAGUGCGUGCGGCUCUCGCGCUUUGAGAACGACCGCACCAUCUCCUUCAUCCCACCCGAUGGCGAGUUUGAGCUCAUGUCUUACCGUCUUAACACCCACGUCAAGCCUCUGAUAUGGAUUGAGUCCGUGAUCGAGAAGCACUCCCACAGCCGCAUCGAGUACAUGAUCAAGGCGAAGAGCCAGUUUAAGCGGCGGUCGACGGCUAACAACGUGGAGAUCCACAUCCCUGUGCCCAACGAUGCCGACUCGCCCAAGUUCAAGACGACGGUGGGGAGCGUCAAGUGGGUCCCUGAGAACAGUGAGAUCGUAUGGUCCAUCAAGUCCUUUCCGGGCGGCAAGGAGUACUUGAUGCGAGCCCACUUUGGCCUGCCCAGCGUGGAGGCCGAGGACAAGGAGGGCAAGCCCCCAAUCAGUGUCAAGUUCGAGAUCCCCUACUUCACUACUUCCGGCAUCCAGGUGCGCUACCUGAAGAUCAUUGAGAAGAGUGGCUACCAGGCGCUGCCCUGGGUCCGUUACAUCACUCAGAACGGAGAUUACCAGCUCCGGACCCAGUGAGGCGCCACCGCAGCCGAAGCCCCCAGCCCUGGCCUCAGGGCCCCUGGUGGAAGCACUAGGGAGACGCACCUGCCAAGCUGCCAGAUGGAGGGGCACUCCCUGGACUCUGGCCACUCUCCCGGCCUCCACCCAGGAACCCCUCCCUUUCCAGGACCGCUUUUCCCAGAAGAGACUCAUCUUAGAGCAGUCUUUUCUCCUUGCCCCUGGAGUCAGUUCCGGGGGAAGGACAUGGACUCCCUGCCUCUAGAGCUCAAAUGCAGCCUUUUGUGCUGUUUGGCUCCCAGGUACCCAAAAGCUCAGCCAAUGCUUAGACGCAGCUCGCGCCACCUAGGGAAAGCGCCGGACUGGCCGGGCCAGCAGGGGCGUCAUUUUGUUGCCAUUUUGUGAAAUGUUCUAGGUUUAUGGGUGUCCUUGGGAUUUGUCUUUGUUCGUUUGUUGCUGUUUACGUUGUCCCCGCUGUCCACGCGUCCUGUCACGUCAUGGGGCACUCAGGCAGCACUUAGUAUGGGCCUGGCCCUUGUCCCUUUCCUCCCCAGGGGGCCCACAGAGGCCCCUUUGACACACUGGGGUAGGAAUCGCGUGCCCUCGUUGGGUGCUCCUUGGAGGCCGUGGGCCUGGUCCUAGAGGCCUCACCAGUGGCACCUUCCCAGGGCCUGCCUGGGCCACAAGGCGCUGUCACUCAGCCAGAUCAGUGUUUCCCCACCAGGGUGGUGGGGGCCAGUGAGGGGCGCUGGCCUCAGCCUUCUUCUUGCCCAGGGUCCAGAGGGUGGGGGCACAUGUCCUCCUCAUCUGUGCUUGGUCACCCACCUCAGCACCCUGGGCGAUUCAUGUUCUUACAUUAAACACCAUUUGUUGACUA